AUGUGUACAAUGCUGCAAUGGGACGGUGGAUCAAGCGCCAAAGAUUUAUCACAGUGUGUGGAGCUGCUGCUACAGUUGGACGAGCCAGCUGAGGAGCUCUGUGAUAAAUUCCUGAGCCAUGCACGAGCUCGACUCGAGUCGGACCUUCAGGGCCUGGAAGCAGAGAUAAGACCAUACUCUUUCGCCUCAGCUGUGAAAGAUGCUCCAGUGCGCGGGUCAUCAUCGACCGCAGGUGCCCGAUCUCCAGAUGAUAACUCACCUAAAACGAGCUCUCUAUCUUCUCCCACCUCAAACACUGACAUCCUGGAAUUCAUUGACAGAGGCUGCAAUGAAUUUGUCAGCAGCUUAUGUUUGUUAAUUACAUCAUAUCAAGAACUUUUUAUCAACCACGCACAGACAGAAGAGCUAGCAUCUAAAAAUAUCCCACAGAUGGCAAAUGGCAAGCUGCAUGCCUUUGUGGAUGACCUGGCAGCUCGGUAUUUCUCACUCGUGGAGCGGAGGAUACAAGAGGAGAAAGGAGUUGGAGAUAACUCUCUCCUAGUCCGUGCACUUGACCGCUUCCACCGCAGACUUCAGGCUGUGGCCAAACUACUCCCGGGCUCCUCUGUGCCCAACAAGGGGACUGAGAUUGUGAUUCGGGCGGCGACAGAGCGAGUCAAGCAGUACCUGUCUGCUCUGCAGACCUUCUACCUGGACAGCUUGACAGAUGUGAGGCAGGCUUUGGCGACACCGCGUCUCUCUGUGGCUGGUGCUUCAGUGACUGGCGGCGGUGCUCUUCAUGGAGGGCCGGCAUCUGGUAGAGAUGCACCAACCAGCCUGCCGGAGCUGCUCUCCUCCUUAUCAGCCUCUAUUCUCAAUCAGAUUAAGUCAGUGCUGGCAUCAGUGCAUCUCUUCACAGCUAAGGACAUUACGUUCUCCAACAAGCCUUACUUCAAGGGUGAAUUCUGUAGUCGGGGUGUGCGUGAGAGUCUGGUGGUGAAUUUUAUCAAGUUUAUUUGUCAGUCUUCUCGCCAGUUCUGUGAGAGCGCAGGAGACAAAGGAGGUUCAACUCCUCCGGCCCUCCUGUUGCUGCUGUCUCGCCUCUGCUUAGACUAUGAAACCUCGACCAUCUCCUACAUACUCACACUCACAGACGAACAGUUCCUUGUGCAGCAUCACAGUCCUGUAACACAGGUCACAACUUUAUGUGCAGAAGCCAGGGAGGCAGCACAGAAACUACUGAACCAUUAUGUUAAGGUUCAGGGUCUGAUUAUCUCCCAGAUGCUAAGAAAGAGUGUUGAAACACGAGAUUGGGUGAACACCAUCGAGCCUAGAAAUGUCCGCGCUGUGAUGAAGAGAGUAGUAGAGGACACCACCUCAAUUGAUGUGCAGGUGGGGCUUUUAUAUGAAGAAGGUGUGAGGAAGGCACACAGCAGCGACUCCAGCAAAAGGACUUUCUCUGUUUACAGUAGCUCGAGGCAGCAAGUGCGCUAUGCGGCUAGCUACACUCCAAGCGCUCCUAUGGAUACCAAUCUGCUGAGCAACAUCCACAAGCUGUUUUCUGAGAGGAUCGACAUCUUCAGUUCGGUAGAGUUCAACAAGGUCUCUGUGAUGACGGGAAUCAUCAAAAUCAGUUUAAAGACGUUCCUGGAGUGCGUCCGCCUGCGCACGUUCGGACGCUACGGGCUGCAGCAGAUCCAGGUCGACUGUCACUACCUGCAGAUGUACUUGUGGCGCUUUGUCUCCGACGAGAACCUGGUGCACUUUCUUCUGGAUGAGAUAGUGGGCAGCUCCGCUCACCGCUGCCUGGAUCCUGCCCCGAUGGAGCAGAGUGUGAUCGAAGUCAUCUGUGAACGAGGUUGAGGGUCAAAGCGCAGCACGGACAAGAUAGCUGAAGCAACAGACAGAAAACUGCAUUCAAUUGAAAUAGUUAACACAAUGUCAAAUGUAUUGAUCUGAUUCAUAAGCUGCCUUUUUGAGAAUCUAAAUUGAGAUUGUGAGUCUAAAUUAUACUGUAGGUGAUCAUCUUUUGUUUGAGGCAUAUACAUCGACACUGACUGACAGUUUGAGGAAAAUCUACAUUGCGUUCCAGGCACUUCCCAUGCAAAGAGCAUGACAAGCCUCUAGUACAUUGGUUAAAUGUCAAGGUGGUCAUUUAAUAAUCAUAAGAUUUUAGAGGGGAAGCCCCUUGUAUCCAUGACACCAGCUGAGCUUUUAACCACAUGUUCCCAUUGAAGGAAAUGUGAAAACAUAUAUGAAUUAUUAAACAGUUGUGUCUGUUGGAAAUGCUAUGUAUUAAUUAAUUCUCUAUGGUAUCUUUCUGCUGAAUAACUUGAGGUGUGAAUGUUGUCUGAUUAUGCCAUUUAUGUCUAACACUGAAGUAACUACAGCGUUUCUUUCCUUCAGGCUGUUCCCUCUUUUCUGUGCAUGUCUUACACAGACAAACACUGUUUGAAUUGAUGUGUCAACAAUAAAAGUGUCUGAAUGAAUGA